AUGCUUUUUGUACCAUUCACGGUGCCCUCGUUCCCGGCCACCCAUCAGCAGCAGCAACAACACCAGCCGACGAGCCAACAGCACCAGGUAGCCCCGCAAAGCCAUCACCACCACCACCACCACCACCAGCAGCUCCACCAACCACCGCCACCACCACCGGCCGGAGCCCAAAGCCAGAUAGUUCAGCAGCAGCCCCCGCCCCCACCUCAGCUCAACCACCUGAACCACCAGGGCACCCCGACCACCAAUCAGCCGACCAUUCACAGCACCAGUUGUUCGCCCCAGCAGCAAGCUACGACACCCAAUAAGGAAAUGAAAGUCAACUGGACUACGUCACCUGGAAAUCAACCGAAACAGGACACAAGCAGUUCCAUCUCCAGAUUAUAUCCAUCCGGCGAGCCAUCAGUUCCGUAA